AUGCCGAGCUCUCAUCUGAGCUCCACCGUGUGCCCCAAGAUUUGUAUCCCCAGUGUCCCCCAAAGGCCAGUGUGCUACAAGCUUGGUCCCCAGCCUCUUGCACUACUGCAGAAGGCGACAGGUGAACAGAUCGCCAUCAAGCAAUGCCGACAGGAGCUCAGCCCAAAGAACAGAGACCGCUGGUGCCUUGAGAUCCAGAUCAUGAGAAGAAAUGACACCUACAGGCACUCCAAAGUCCGGCAGAAGAGCGAAGUAGACAUCGUUGUUAGUGAAGAUUUGAAUGGAGCAGUGAAGUUUUCAAGUUCGCUACCCUUCCCCAAUAAUCUUAACAGUGUCCUGGCUGAACGGCUGGAGAAGUGGCUGCAGCUGAUGCUUAUGUGGCACCCUCGGCAAAGGGGCACAGAUCCCCAGUAUGGCCCCAACGGCUGCUUCAGAGCCCUGGAUGACAUCUUGAACUUGAAGCUGGUUCACGUCUUGAACAUGGUCACAGGCACCGUUCACACAUACCCCGUGACGGAGGAUGAGAGUCUGCAGAGCUUAAAAACCAGAAUCCAGGAAGACACAGGGAUCCUGGAGACAGANCAGGAGCUGCUGCAAGAGGCAGGGCUGGUGCUGCUCCCUGACAAGCCUGCUACUCAGUGCAUCUCAGACAGCAANACAAACGAGGGCCUCACGUUGGACAUGGAUCUUGUUUUUCUCUUUGACAACAGUAAAAUCAACUAUGAGACUCAGAUCACCCCCCGACCCCAACCGGAAAGUGUCAGCUGUAUCCGUAAGUGCAUCGUUUCCUCAGAUAAAUUGCUGCUGGCCUGGCGGGAGAUGGAGCAGGCUGUGGAGCAGUGUGGGCGGCAUAUGACCAGUAGUCUAAAAAGUAGUGAUGUGCUGGCAAGAGUUAGCAGGCUGGUGUGCCUUGACUCUGGCCUUCUCUCUUCCAGGGAGGAACAAGCGAGGGAGCUCUACCGAAGACUCAGGGAGAAGCCAAGAGACCAAAGGACAGAAGGUGACAGCCAGGAGAUGGUACGGCUGCUGCUUCAGGCAAUCCAAAGCUUUGAGAAGAAAGUGCGGGUGAUUUAUACACAGCUCAGUAAGACCGUGGUUUGUAAGCAGAAGGCACUGGAGCUGCUGCCCAAGGUAGAAGAGGUGGUGAGCCUUAUGAACGAGGACGAGAGGACCGUGGUCCGGCUUCAGGAGAAGCGGCAGAAGGAGCUCUGGAACCUCCUGAAGAUCGCCUGUAGCAAAGUCCGAGGUCCCGUGAGUGGAAGCCCAGACAGCAUGAAUGUGUCUCGACUCAGUCACCCUGGUCAGCUAAUGUCCCAGCCUUCCAGUGCCUGUGACAGCUUACCUGAAUCAGACAAGAAAAGUGAAGAACUGGUGGCCGAAGCCCACGCCCUCUGCUCCCGGCUAGAAAGUGCNCUGCAGGACACGGUGAAGGAGCAAGACAGAAGCUUCACGACUCUAGACUGGAGCUGGUUACAGAUGGAGGAUGAAGAAAGGUCUAGCCUGGAGCAGGCCUGUGACUGAGGUGCCCAUGAGCUGGCCUGUGGCUCUGCAUGUGACGAUGUUCUGGUAUCUCCAGGUGGACAUCUCACUCUGCCAGCAGCUGUGAUGCUUGCCCGCAGCAGCCUAGGCUGGCCNUGUCUACACACUGGAUUUCUCGCCCACAGAAGCACAACAAUGCAGUCACAAGCACUUGCAGCAGCGACGCUUCAUGGCUGCUGUACAAAGAAAGCAACACAGAGAAAUGACAAGUGUCUAUCUUGAGUGUUUCCAGACAGCAGACAGCCUGUCUGCUUUGGACUCCUGGGGGAGGAAGCUCUGCCCUGCCCACCCCUCCUCUCCUUACAGCUGGGACGUCAUCCGGAUCCAGCUCUCUUAGACAGUUAAUCCUAAGUUUGACUAUCGUAUCUCUCUCUUCCUCUUCACUUCUCCCCUGGUAAAUGUUUCUACCUUCUGUGCUGGUCACUGUGGCAAAACAACCUUUGACUAUGCUGUAGUGAUGGCGAUGCCAAACUCCCUGCUGUUUCUGGUCCUUUAAGCCACAAAGUGACUUACAAAGCCAGGCAGAACAGAAAUGCAGGUACAUAUCUUGAGUCCCAAAGAUUACCUAGAAUCAAUUAUCACGGAGAAAAAAGGAAGAUGAAGGUCUUAUGCCAACUACUACCCUACUGAACACUGCGACUCCUGGGUACCUGUCAGGUGUGUGUGCAUAUUGCUGCCUCUUAAAUUAGCUAGCAAUAUUAUUAAAUUGGUUCAUUUUAUAAGUAGUUUCUAUUUUUUGUAACAUUACUCAGAUAUGUAUCCUGGACUCAAAGGUGUAUUUCCACAGUAUACCAUCACUAGUACUUCUGAGCUCAAAACUCAACAUCAUGGGAAAGUUUGUAAAAUUGAAUAGUGUGUCUAGAUCAUGAGCCAUUUUAACAUCACACAAAACUUGUGUGUUUGUGUGCAUGUGUGUGUGUAAAAGCAAAAACAGGCUCAGGUUAUCAUAGGCAGGUAUAUUUAAUUAGAGAAUAUGUAAUGUUGAAACAGAGAAAUGUCAGAGUGGCCACCGCAGAGACAGUGUGACGCAUCGAUGAUCAGAUGAGUUCAGAGGUGCUGCAUGCUUUGAUUGCUCCUUAGAGAUUGAUACUGUACACUGGUAAACUAUCUGAAAACUCUGACAAUAAAGAUGCUGGCUUAAGCUCAGUGUAAACUCG